AUGUAUCACAUUUUGCUUCUAUCUAUCUAUCUAUCUAUCUAUCUAUCUAUCUAUCUAUCUAUCUAUCUAUCUAUCUAUCUAUCUAUCCUUAAUAUGCCUAUCAAUGCCUGUCUAUUUCACACUUUAUGUAUGUAUGUAUGUAUGUAUGUAUCACAUUUCGCUUCUAUCUAUCUAUCUAUCUAUCUAUCUAUCCUUAAUAUGCCUAUCAAUGCCUGUCUAUUUCACACUUUAUGUAUGUAUGUAUCACAUUUUGCUUCUAUCUAUCUAUCUAUCUAUCUAUCUAUCUAUCUAUCUAUCUAUCUAUCCUUAAUAUGCCUAUCAAUGCCUGUCUAUUUCACACUUUAUGUAUGUAUGUAUGUAUGUAUGUAUCACAUUUCGCUUCUAUCUAUCUAUCUAUCUAUCCUUAAUAUGCCUAUCAAUUCCUGUCUAUUUCACACUUUAUGUAUGUAUGUAUCACAUUUUGCUUCUAUCUAUCUAUCUAUCUAUCUAUCUAUCUAUCUAUCUAUCUAUCUAUCUAUCUAUCUAUCUAUCCUUAAUAUGCCUAUCAAUUCCUGUCUAUUUCACACUUUAUGUAUGUAUGUAUGUAUCACAUUUCGCUUCUAUCUAUCUAUCUAUCUAUCUAUCUAUCCUUAA